CUGCGCGGAGGGGCCGACGGCGUGCUGCGUCGUUACUUUUGAAACGAGUGGCGGGCAACUGCUGCGGGCGCCCCUGCUGCAGCUUUCCGCCGGGUGGGCGCGCGCCUCCGUCUGCGACCUGCCAUGGCGUUGCAGCUCGCCCGGGAGCAGGGAAUCACCCUGCGCGGGAGUGCCGAAAUCGUAGCCGAGUUCUUCUCAUUUGGCAUCAACAGCAUUUUAUAUCAGCGUGGCAUAUAUCCAUCUGAAACCUUUACUCGAGUGCAGAAAUAUGGACUCACCCUGCUUGUAACUACUGAUCCCGAGCUCAUAAAAUACCUAAAUAAUGUGGUGGAUCAACUAAAAGAUUGGUUAUACAAGUGUUCAGUUCAGAAGCUGGUGGUAGUCAUCUCAAAUAUUGAAAGUGGGGAGGUCCUUGAAAGAUGGCAGUUUGAUAUUGAGUGUGACAAGACUGCAAAAGAUGACAGUACACCCAGAGAAAAGUCUCAGAAAGCUAUCCAAGAUGAAAUCCGUUCAGUGAUCAGACAGAUCACAGCUACAGUGACAUUUCUGCCACUGCUGGAAGUUUCUUGUUCAUUUGAUCUGCUGAUUUACACAGACAAAGAUUUGGUUGUCCCUGAGAAAUGGGAGGAAUCAGGACCACAGUUCAUUACCAACUCUGAGGAAGUCCGGCUUCGCUCAUUUACUACUACAAUCCACAAAGUAAAUAGCAUGGUGGCCUACAAAAUCCCCGUCAAUGACUGAAUGAGGCAGAGGAAUGAAAACACGUUCCAGUCGAGCCCAUCAAGGUCUGAAAUAGAGCCCCAGCAGGGAUUGAAGCACAUUUGGUCUUCAGGAUCGUUCUCCCAGUGUCCCCAAUCGGAACAGUCAAGCCUUCGUGGGAAAGUUUACACUGAGGUAUAACAGUCUCAUGUAUGAGUUGGCUUAUGCUGCAUAGCAAACAACUAUAAGAAUAUCAACAAGAAGCCUUUUCCGCUGCAAGUCUGCAGCUCACAUGUCUCAUUCUACCAUGGAAGGGGCAGUAGCUAGCCAGAACUCCUAAGGCUGAGCUUCAGAACUCUUAACACUGACACUUUUCCCACAUUUCAUUGGCCACAGCAAGUCAUGGCUAAGUCAAACUUCAAGGGGGCAGGAAAUUACACUCCUCCAAUGGAGAUGGGUGGAGGGAUGUGUGAAAAUCUGAUGAAAGUGAUCUAAUCGACCAGAGGUUGAUAAACUUGCUCUGUAAAAGGUGGAUAAUAGUUUAGAUUUUGCAGGCUUAUGGCCUCUUGGCCUAGUCAAGUCGGUCAUUGUAGCUUGAAAGCAGCCUUAGACAAUAGGUAAGCGAAUGAGCAUGGCUGCGUUCCAGUAACAGAUAGGCGGGCUUCAUCUGGCCCGUAAGUUGUAGUUUGCCGACCCUGUAAUAGAUCAGUUUGCUCUUCUGGUGACAAGUGUUCAAACCCCUCUCUAGCUCAGAAUGUUUGAUUUUGUGAUAUUUAAGGCUCACAUUUAAAACACUGUCAUUUGUUGUCUCCAUCCAUAGGAUGUCAAGUUGGAUCUUUCUCUAUUUUACCUCAAUCCCAUAUUCUCUGAAACAACUGGCUGUUCUUCUGAGGUACUCCUCAGGAUACCCGACAGUGAAUUUUGAUCUGAAAACAUGAGAAGGGAGGUUCUUUGGCAUAUGAUGCAUAAAAAGAGACUCGGAAUAACAUAAAGGCCCUAUACCUCUAUUUUUAAUCGCUCUGUAAACAUGUAUGCUGAAUAAAUGUUUUUAUGAUUAGAAUGCAUUCAAGUUUCUUAGUUUCAUAACCCUCAUAUAUAUUUUAGAAUAUAGACUCAAAAAUUAUUAGCAUAAUGUAGGUAUCCACAUAGACAUUAUAUUUUUUCCUUUACUUUCUGUUUUCAUUUAGUUGCUUAGUCUGCAAAAUUUAUCUUAAUUUUGUUAUACAGCCAUGUGUCGCUUAAUGACGGGGAAUUGUUCUGAGAAAUAUGCCAUUAGGUGAUCUCGCCGUUGUGCAAACAGCAUGGACUGUACUUACGCAAGCCCAGAUGAUAAUAGUCUAUACACACCUCGGCUGUAUGGUGCUAUCUUAUGGGAACACUGCCAUACGCCAUCUACCAUUGACCAAAACAUGUGGUGCCGGACUGACUGUACAUGAAAGAUCAGGACAGCUGUAAUAAUGCCACAUUCUAAUACCUAUGUUUUCCACCAGAUGUCACUAAUGCUGUAAUAUUCAAAUUAAGGUGAAUUUCUUUGUCUCUAAAGACUAUAAUAUUCAGCUUUUCUUAUUGGAAGUUAACAGGAUUUCUGGCUCAAAAAAUAUAAAGACAUCAGGAUGAAAAAAUACAGUAUCUGUUAUUUGCUAGGUACUUUGCAUGAAUUAUUUUAUUUAAUUCUCAUGCUUUAGCGCACAAGUAGAAUUGUGGGGUCAAGGGGCAUGCCAAUUACGUGGCAUUUUUUAAAGUUUAAGCCUCUUGGGUCCACAGCCCAGGAAGCUCUUCUGACUCCCUAAGAAGCACAUCAAAAGCAGUGUUUCUUCACCCUUUUCCUAACGGCUCUUACCUUUUACAUCCUUUUAGCAAUCGAGUGUCCAGAACAAAUUGGUUUUCCUUUACUGUACCUUACAAAACUUGACCAUGUCUCAUUGGGUGAGUUCAUGUUUACACUUUCCUCACAUGACUUUAACCGCUAAAUAGAAGGAACCAAAGACAGGGGACUUCAUCUUAACCUUAUCUAUUGUUUAAAGAAUAAACCAGGUGUGAAUUUGUGAGUAGUUGUGAAACAUAGUUUUCCAACUAAUCAGAAGAAUUGUUAUUAAGUAACUUCAGUUACUCUUUGGGGAGUUAAUUUUUGGCUUAAUUUGUAAACAAUAAUUUCUUACUCUUUUUUACUAAAUAAGUUAUUUUGUUCAAUGUAACCAUAAUAAAAGUUUGUGUUGGAAUAACUAUGGAA